AGCUGCAGGCGGAGCAGGGGCCGCCCCUCGGCACCCGGUCCCCGCCCCCGGCCCUCGGCCCGGCUGCCCGCCCCGCCGGCCCGCGGGCCUCGCGUGUGUCCCGCCGUCUGUCCGGCGCCAGGGGACGGGGCAGAGGUGGCGGCCACUGUCCGCCCACCGCUGCUGACCAAAAUGGCGAACUUCACCCCAGUCAAUGGCAGCUCCAGCAACCAGUCUGUGCGCCUGGUCACAUCAGCCCACAACCGCUACGAGACAGUGGAGAUGGUGUUCAUCGCCACAGUGACGGGCUCGCUGAGCCUGGUGACCGUGGUGGGCAACGUCCUGGUGAUGCUGUCCAUCAAGGUCAACAGGCAGCUGCAGACAGUCAACAACUACUUCCUGUUCAGCCUGGCCUGCGCCGAUCUCAUCAUAGGCGCCUUCUCCAUGAACCUCUACACCGUGUACAUCAUCAAGGGCUACUGGCCGCUGGGCGCCGUGGUCUGCGACCUGUGGCUGGCCCUGGACUACGUGGUGAGCAACGCCUCUGUCAUGAACCUUCUCAUCAUCAGCUUUGACCGCUACUUCUGCGUCACCAAGCCCCUCACCUACCCUGCCCGGCGAACCACCAAGAUGGCGGGCCUCAUGAUUGCUGCUGCCUGGGUCCUGUCCUUUGUGCUCUGGGCGCCUGCUAUCUUGUUCUGGCAGUUUGUGGUGGGCAAGAGGACGGUACCAGACAACCAGUGCUUCAUCCAGUUCCUGUCCAACCCGGCCGUGACCUUCGGCACGGCCAUUGCUGCCUUCUACCUGCCCGUGGUCAUCAUGACGGUGCUCUACAUUCACAUCUCCCUGGCCAGCCGCAGCCGGGUCCACAAGCACCGGCCUGAAGGCCAGAAGGAGAAGAAGGCCAAGACCUUGGCCUUUCUCAAGAGCCCCCUGAUGAAGCAGAGUGUCAAGAAACCCCCACCGGGAGAAGCCACCCGGGAGGAACUGCGCAACGGGAAGCUGGAGGAGGCCCCGCCCCCAGCCCUGCCGCCGCCCCCGCGCCCCAUGGCCGACAAGGACACUUCCAACGAAUCCAGCUCGGGCAGUGCCACUCAGAACACCAAGGAGCGGCCAGCCACAGAGCUGUCCACCGCGGAGGCCACCACGCCUGCCAUGUCCGCCCCGCCCCUGCAACCAAGGACCCUCAACCCGGCCUCCAAGUGGUCCAAGAUCCAGAUUGUGACGAAGCAGACAGGCAACGAGUGUGUGACAGCCAUCGAGAUUGUGCCUGCCACGCCAGCUGGCAUGCGUCCGGCGGCCAACGUGGCCCGCAAGUUUGCCAGCAUCGCUCGCAACCAAGUGCGCAAAAAGCGGCAGAUGGCGGCCCGGGAGCGCAAGGUGACUCGGACCAUCUUUGCCAUUCUGCUGGCCUUUAUCCUCACCUGGACUCCCUACAACGUCAUGGUUCUGGUGAACACCUUCUGCCAGAGCUGCAUCCCCGACACAGUGUGGUCCAUCGGCUACUGGCUCUGUUACGUCAACAGCACCAUCAACCCCGCCUGCUAUGCGCUCUGCAACGCCACCUUUAAAAAGACCUUCCGGCACCUGCUGCUGUGCCAGUAUCGGAACAUCGGCACUGCCAGGUAGGCAGGCAGCGGUGCCCUAGGAGGGGCUGGUGUCGCGUGUGUGUGCUGGGGGACCACACGGCUCACCUGCUGUGGGCGAGACAGCUGGAGGCACCGCUCUGUGGUCACGGUUGCUGAAGAGGCCUGAGGCUCUUGAGACCGCGUGAGGCUCAGGAAGCAGAUCUGGCUGCAUCCGGAGGCCGGAUCUCUCGGCCCAGGCUGAGGAUGGCUCAGCC